AAGGGAGACGCGCGCAGUGGUUUCCGCACAGGACAAAAUGUCUGCGAGGAUCCUGGAGGCGACCGGGCGAUCCCAGACUUCCAGCCCGCCUUCCGCUCCCGCCACGCUUCGGGGGUGAUGGGGCUCCCUUGGUUUUGCUGGUUAUCAGUUCUGGGUGCCCCCAGGCUGUUAACAGUUUUAGCAGUAUCUCAGCUCAUCACCCUUGUCUGCUUUCUUGAUUCAUUACAUCGUUGCCUGACAUGAGUGACUCCAUCUUGCUCUCUACAAAUUGCCAGAUUGCUUUCCUAAAAGCCUUCACAUCUCCACUAGUAAUGUAUGAACGUAUCCUUUUCUUUGCCUCCCUUCUAGCUUUGGCUGACAGACCUCUUCAUUUUUGUUAGUGCGACGGAUCUGAGACCUUAUUGUUACUUUAAUAGCACUUCCCUGAAUAGAAGUGAUGUGUAUCUUUUCACAUAUUUCUUGGCCAUCUAACUUUGUUCUUAGGUCAUUUGCCUAUUCAUAUUUCUUGCCCAUUUUUUUAUUGGGUUAUUUGUCUUUUUCUUGACAGUUUGUUAGAGCUCUUUGUGUAUUAGGGUUGUGACUGAAUAUGCUAACUAAGGCUUCUCUUCCAAGCCAAGAUGGUUGGCUAGGAGGCUUCCCUCCCUCUGCACUGUAGGAAAAGUUAAAACAAGCUGAGGGGUUGUUUAGCAGAACUAGGAAGGCUGUUAUGACUUGUGGCCACAGACUGCUGGUCACCGUUUAAAUACUUAGUCUGAACAGAAGACUGUAUUGAACCAGAAUGUAGCCGUAUGCGGAGGACUGAGAAGGUGAGGCAGUUCAGUACUGUGCUGCCUUCCACCGGUUAAGACCUCCGAGAACAAAGGCCUGCCAAGUCAGAGGAUGUCCCUCUGCCGCCCUUGGAGGGGCAGCGCUGUGCUGGCCGACAUUUGUAGUGCUGCUUGUCCAUGGCUCAGAUGAGGCAGUCCGCUAAGUCUAAGUCCACUAAGUCUUAAUUCUGAUUAAGACAUCAGAAUCAGUGUUUCCCACUCUUGUUUCCACCUUCACUCUUAUAACAGAUGGCAUUCAUGUAUGUGGCACUCCUCUGGGCAUCCCAGAUUUUGAGGAAACCCAGAGACAUCUUGCAGGGAGCACUGCUGAUGGUUCUUCAGAACUCAGGAUUCCUGCUCAGUGUGUCCACCUGAGAACUUACAUUGGCUGGAAACCAUGAGGCAAUGACGGGGACCCCCCAAGGCCGACAGGACAUGGCCUAAUACCUAAUUUAAAGACGCCGCCGCGGAGAGAAUGAGGAGAGAAUGAGGAGUGACGAGCCGACGACGCCCAUGGAAGACAGCGGCGCGCCAGACGACGCUACGGCGCAGGGCGGCCCGUGUCCCGGUCUGGCCCCGGCCCCUCCCGGCCGCCUGGGGGCGCCAUACUGCGAGGCCUGGGGCUACUUUCACCUGGCCCCCGCGCGCCCGGGCCACGCGGCGGGCCAGUGGGCCACCUGCCGGCUGUGCGGGGAGCAGGUGAGCCGCGGCCCGGGCUUCCACUCGGGCACCCCGGCGCUGUGGAGGCACCUCAAGAGCGCGCAUCGACGGGAGCUGGAGAAGAGCUCCGCCCGCAGCUCGCCGGCCGCCGCCCCGGGCCCGCUGCCGCCGCCGCCUCCUCGCGGGCCCUCGGCCGAGGGCGACUGGGCGCGCCUGCUGGAGCAGAUGGGCGCGCUGGCCGUGCGCUGCAGCCUGCGCGAGCGCGAGCUGGCGCGGCGCGAGGCGGCGGUGGAGCAGGGCGAGCGCGCCCUGGAGCUGAGGCGCAGGGCCCUGCAGGAGGAGGAGCGCGCGGCGGCCCAGGCGCGGCGGGAGCUGCAGGCCGAGAGGGAGGCGCUGCAGGGGCGGCUGCGGGAAGUGAGCCGACGCGAAGGCGCCCUGGCCUUGGCCUCUACUCCGCUGCAGACUCCGCUCAAAGAAGAGCCCUUGGGGGAGAGGGACGGCUACAUAAUUACCAAGGUCCUGUAGGUCUGGGCCGCUUUCCACUCCCAACCCCUCCCGUGCCAGCGCUACUCCAAGAGUGGUCCACGGAUCAGCCUCACCUGGGAGCUGAAUCUCAGGCCCACCAAGAUCUCCAAAUGUGGACCCUUGAGAAGCACUUAGGAAACCAGAGUAGAACCAAAAAUCACUUAACGCUCUGUGCCCCGCCACGCCCUGGGAUGCCUGGGAGCACCAGCUCCAGGGGCCUCCUUUGCUGUUGGGCUUCGGUGCAAGGAGGUGGUUUUCCUGCAACUCCUUUCGGAAGGACAGCUCCGUCCUAUAUUACCCGGAGUCCUGUAACUUCCAUACGUAUCAAAGACUGCCACACGACGUGGCUGGACACCCGCCAGGGCAGUCCAGGGUGGAGGGAGCACGGAAAUGAGGAUCGAGCGUUUUAUCCAAGGAGAGUUUUAUUCGUUUCCUCAUGAAUAAAUCUUUGGCAAGUUGGCUUUGCCAGGCACGAGGUUCUGAAAAGGGGGCCAUUUAGCCUCCACAACUGUUCUUUACCCUGUCAUCCUAGUGCCUCAUCAGAGCAAUCUGGGAGAACCCCUGUUUGCUCCCCAGCUUGAAGAGAGCGCACCCCAGCUGUUCCCUUUCUGUUGAAGACCCAGUGGCAGCUGUGGUGCCUUUGUGCCUUACGCUUCCUUACUAGCAAAACAUGAGCUCCUCCCUCCUUAGGAAGGGAGCUUGGUUCCCCACAAAACAGUCCUCACUUCUGGGCCACAAGAGAAGACAUCUCUCCCAUCUGAGGUCACCUUUACUUCUUCCCGUUUGCCUCCAUUCCUCUUCCACCUUUACUGGACCUUUGCUCCAUUACCGCUUCUCCUUUCCUCUGACUCAUUCCCUCUCUUCCCCAGACUACUCUGGUUCCUCAGCAACAAGUCUCCCCUUGUACUAAAAAGAAAGAUUUGACCAGCUUGACUGUCCCCAGCUUAACACUACCCAAGAGGGGUCCAGUUAUCCUUGCUGCCUGUAUUUCCUCCCCAUACUUAAGUCCUUUCCUGGAGGUCAGCUUCCCAUUCUACACUGGACCCGUAAGCUGAAUAUAAUUUGUUUUCAGCCUUCAUCUUGCUAGUAAAAUGAACACCCACAUGUACCCUCCACCUAGACUGAACACUUGUUAACAUAUUGCCUUAUUUUCUCUGCCCUCUAUCCCAAACAUACAUGGCAUUUCAUCCUGAAGUAUUUCAGUCUAUAUAUUCUAAUAGCCUCUAAUACAGAGUCCUUAAUCAAAAUUCCCCAUUGUCUCAAAAAUGUCUUCUUAUCUUUCUUACAAAACAGGGUCCAAUCAAGGUUCAUACAUUACUUUUUGAUAACUUUAGUCUCUUUUGGUCUAGAAUAGCUCCCUUAUUACUUUCUUUUCCAUGACACUUUUUUUUUUUUUUAACAUUUAUUUUUGAGACAGAGCAUGAACGGGGGAGGGUCAGAGAGAGGGAGACACAGAAUCUGAAACAGGCUCCAGGCUCUGAGCUGUCAGCACAGAGCCCAACCCGGGGCUCGAACUCACGGACCGCUAGAUCAUGACCUGAGCCGAAGUCGGCCGCUUAACCGACUGAGCCACCCAGGCGCCCCUCCAUGACACUUUUUGAGAGUCCCAGCCCUCUGGCUUCUAGAAUGCCCUUUAUUCUGGGUUUGUCUGAUUGUUUCCUUAAGCCAAUUUAUGCGCUCAUUCUUGGCUCAUCUGCCUCUGUGCCAGUGACUCCUGACUACCUCCAGCCUCACGUUUUCUUCCCAAGUUCUGGCUUCAUGUCCAAUCCCUGCUGUGUGUCUCUACCUCUGUAUAGCGUGCCACUGCAGAUGGAAAAGGCAAAUCUCUUCAGUUCCACAUCCCCACCCCUCACCCGAUUAUAACAUUUAUGGGGCUCUGAGAAAGUAUUAGGUAUAUACUGCACACUGUACAUGUACCAUCCGACUCUAUUCUCACAGCAGCUCCUUGAGGAGGUAAUACUGUGCCCACUUACAGCUAAGGAAACGGAGAUAGGGGCUAAGUAGGUUGUAAGUAGUAGCUUUGAGAUCCAAAUCCGGUCUAUACCUCCAGAUGCCCUGUUCCUAGCUGCUGCACUAGCUCCCUUGCUAGUCACUGUGUGAACACCAGUUUUCUCCCUAGCUCUAAUUCCAGGUAUCCUGGCACCAUGUGCCAGAGCUGUGCCAAAUGCUUUAGAAUAAGUGCAUGGGCAGCAACCCCAUGACCUAAUUAUUCUUAUGCCCAUUUUGUAGAGGAAGAGACAAGCUCAGGGAACUAAGUAAUGAUGAGGGAGAGCGGGAUUUGAAUUCAUCUCACUGAGGGACACCUGGGUGGCUCAGUUGGUUGAGCAUCCUACUCUUGAUUUUGGCUCAGGUCAUAAUCCCAGGGCCGUGGAAUCUGUGUUGGGCUCUGCUGAGCAUGGAGCCUGCUUAAAAUUCUCUUUCCCCCUCUGUCCCUUUCCCCCACUCACACUCUCUCUCUAAAAGAAAAAAAGAAAAAAGGUUUGAAUUCAUCUCACUCAAUCCUAGGCCCCUAAUAUACUGAGGCUAUUUCUAUAAAGUGUCACACCUGUCUUCCUUCUGAUGCCACCUGCUAAGCUCAAGCCUCACUUAGCAUUCAUCUGGGGUUCAUCUUCCCAUCCUCGUCUUCCCCAGUUGCCCCCUUCCUAACACUCAGCUUGGCUAAAGGAACUGUUCUAAGCCAGCAUUGAUUAUACCACAAUUCCUGCUCAAAGCCCCCACCCCCAGCCCCAUCACCCAUCGUUAAGCUUCAACUUUGUGGCCUGACAUUCAAGUGCCCCCACCCUGGUGCCAAUCUUAUCUGUCCCUUCCCCUACAUGUAUUGUAUGCUCCAGCCAAACUAGACUCUUUGUUCUUCCUGACUGUCCUGUUCUUAUGGCCUUCCCUCCACUUAAAAGGCCCCCUCAAACUCUGAGUAUGAAAAAUCCCACCCAUUUCAAAGACAAUGCUCAAAUUUGACUGCCUGCAUGUAGCUUUCCUUGAUUUCUAAUUUAGAGACGAUUCUUUACUUCUCUGGGUUCAUGGCAUUUUGUACGUAAGUGUCCAUUAUUGGGCUGUUUGGUUUGAAUCCAAUCAAUUGUACUAGUAUGUCAUUAUCAGGAAUGUUUUUCUUAAAACAUUUUUUUUUUCAUUACACAAGUAAUGCAAAUGCAAUGCCCCAAUCUAGGAAGAAAUCAGAAAACAACGAUCCCCCAGGGAGCCUGGGUGGCUCAGUCAGUUAAGCCUCUGACUCCAGCUCAGGUCAUGAUCUCACAGUCCGUGGGUUUGGGCCCCUCAUCAGGCUCUGUGCUGACAGCUCAGAGCCUGGAGCCCGCUUCAGAUUCUGUGUCUCCCUCUCUCUCUGCCCCUUCCCAGCUCACGCCGUCUCUCUCUCUCCUUCAAAAAUAAACAUUAAAAAAAAUUAAAAAAAAAACAAAACAAUUCCCCAAAGUCUUGUCAUCUUAGUAAAACUUCUGUAAACUUUUUAAUGUAUUUUAUUCUUUUGUAUUUCAUAAUUUUUACAUUAUUCUAAUAAUAGUAUGUUAUUUCUGUUAAGUAUUGAAAUUUAACUUCUUCAUGUGGAUUUGAAAGUUGGGCUAUGCUAUAGGAAUAUGAAUUUUUAGAAGGGAAAAAAAGCUUCUACCAAUGUUACUCUUCUAUUCCACCAACUGUUAGAACCGUUAAUACCAGCAAAGACUGAGUUUUAGAAUUUUAACUGCCUCCUCAAGAAAGAUGACUAAUGGGAGCACCAGUAGCCUCUGUUUAGGGGACAGGGGAACAAUAUCAGGGGCCUGAUAACUUAGUGCUGGUUGUGGGAGAGAUUUUACUUUCUCUUUUAUAUACUUCUGCCUUGUUGUACUUUUUUUACACCAAGCAUGAAUUACUUUUAUAAUCAAAAAUAAAAUAAUUCACAUUUCUCAAAUGAGAA